UGUAUUUACACUGGAGCCGCUCCGCCCUUACAACAGGAGAUAGAAAACUGUCUGUGGGCCGGUGGAGGAAUGAAACAAGUGGAAGGGGAUGUAGCAGCCGGCCACGCAGUUAAUAACUCCACCGCACGCGCUCCACCUCGUCGGUUUCGUUCCUUUCCCGGUGGUACGCUGUAGCAUCAUCCUCCCUUCUUUUUUUUAUUUUUUUAUUUGCAUAACAGGACGAGCGAUCGUUGUGCGGCGGUGCUGCUGCGUCGGAGCUUCAUGGCCGCGGCACUCACGAUGAGCGGCGGCGGGCAGGAGGAUCCCUUCUAUACGCUGCAGAAGGCGACUCUCCCCGCUGGAUUCCCUCUGGAGGACUCGGCGUUGUUCGGCUUGGACUGCAAGAUCUCAGAAACGGACAAGGCUGGACAGAACGACUACACACAGGCAAAAUGUGAGAUGGACAGGUAUCUCUCCCCUCAGCCUCUUUCCCUCCCACCUUCCACAGAUGGCCAGCAGAAGCCACACAGGGACAGCACAUCUGCAGUGGAUCAGUUCUUCGCUGACGAUCACGCCGGCGCUCCCUACACCCUCAACAUGAAUCUUUACCUCCCCGACGUCGCCUACCUGAGGAUGGGCUUGUGUCAGCAGGUGCGGCCCCCUCAGCACCAGAACCACGCAGGUCUCACCCAAAUCAAAACAGAAUCUGCCUCCCCGUGUUUCUCCCCCAACCUGCAGCCGCACUGCCCCAGCUCUACGCCCGCCACGAGUAGCUGCAGCACAUCUGGGCACGGCCCCGGGAGCAUCGCCAUGGAAACCUCAGCCAUAAACAUGACAUUAACAGGGUUACCAGACUUCACCAGUGUUUUCAACCAGUCGGGAGGCGGCCGAGGCGGCGAUUCGGUGCCAGAGGUGUUUGUCAAACAGGAAAUGUCGUCACAGUUCGAGCAGCACGCUCUCCACCACCAUGACGGCAGCGGCUCGUUGUUUCAGCUCCUAAACUCUGGCUUGGACCAUCACCAUGGCAAUGGUAUGGAGGCUCAGCAUCAGCAUCAGCAUCAUCAUCAGCAGCAGAUACAACACACUUCCACUUCCACAAUCCACACGCCUUUCCAUGACUUGCCGGUAGCUUCCUCUGCAUCUCAACAGGAGCAGACUGCCAAGCCUUCCUACUGUGGCCUGGGCGGGGGAGCGUACACACACCCUCACCCUCAGGCGCACCCCCAUUUCCUCCAGCAGCACGUGCCCUACCUGCCGCCCUCUCCGCCCAGCUCGGAGCCCGGCAGCCCCGACAGACAGAAGGAGCUGCUCCACACCAUGUCCCCUCCUCCCUCAUACGCGGCUACCAUCGCCUCCAAGUUGGCAGGCGGCACCCCAGGGCUCGGACCCAGCCCGGGACCCGGCGGCUUAGCCCUGCCCCUCACCACGGGUCCCGCGCCGGUCCCAGGCCAAGCCGCUGCCCUUCCCCAAGCCCCCACCACAACCCCAGCCCCGACCCCAGCUCAGACCACCGUGCCUGUCCGCUACAGCCGGAGGAACAACCCUGACCUGGAGAAACGACGGAUCCACCACUGUGAUUACCCAGGCUGCAAGAAGGUCUACACCAAGUCGUCCCAUCUGAAAGCCCACCUCAGAACUCACACGGGUGAGAAGCCGUACAGGUGUACGUGGGACAGCUGCGACUGGCGUUUCGCCCGCUCGGACGAGCUGACGCGUCACUACCGGAAGCACACGGGCGCCAAACCCUUCCAGUGCGCCGUCUGCUCGCGCGCCUUCUCCCGAUCCGACCACCUCGCCCUGCACAUGAAGAGACACCAGAACUAGCAGCAUUUGCACACACACACACACACACACACACACACAUAUACACACUACAAAUACACAAGCACUACACGUAAAGCACUCACUUUUUUUUUCCCACAACUCCAAUGUUACAAGCUGCCUGAUGCAGAGCAGCUUUCACUGACACCACAGCUCCUCCUGGUGCUGCUAUCAUGUGCUAAAACAGUACGAUAGCCUAACAAACAUGUUGCUCUUUCACCCAGAGUGGGAUGAUUUGGAGGUUGUAAAAUAGAAAGACCUUUAACCUCCAGAUUUACUUGGUAUAGACUUUGGAUGAAUGCAAAGAAAAAAAAGUAGUAACAACAACAAAAAAAUGGUAGCUCCAAAAUGUGUGUCCAGUCCAUUUGGACUCUUUUGUGUGACUGGAAUGAAAGCACUCAAAACUUGUACAUCUCUUUUUUUUCCAUUGUUCUAACAUAGAACUGGCUUCAUAACAAAAACUAGUCAAACCAAAUCUUUGUUUACUCUGUGGUUUGUUAGUUUGUUUAUAUAACUGGAAUAUCCAGAUUUGAUUUUUUUUUUUUUUUUUUUUUUUUUUUUUUUUUUUACCAAAUCAUUUGGUUUGCACUAGAAUUGGUCAUCUUAAGUCCGAGCCUUUCUGGCUCACGCAUCUCAUUCACCACUGGAACGAUCAUUAUCACUACUGGACUGAAACUCACAAAUCAUUGCUGUUCAGAUAUUAAAAAUUGAAGGCAUUUAUACUCUGGAGAGAGGGAAGAUAGUGCAGGGGAAAAAAAUCGAGGGAGGGGUGCAGAUAGAGAGAUGGAGAGAUUUUUGAUUUUAGAGAGAGGAGAUCUGAGGACAACUGAGAAACAGAGGGAGGUGGAUGGUUGCUAAAGAGCAGCAAUUAGGUGAUGAAUUAUUCAGAUUGUCUUUCGAUGGAUUCCCAGCCAGAGAAAUGUAAGCAGAACCUGUAGACAUAUCCUAGAAUUCAUUCAGUUAAACAGAAUUGACUGUAUUUGAUGCACAAGCUCGAAUUAAGCGUCUUCGAAAUGCAGUUACUUUACAUCAUCUGUCUCAUCCAUCUUGUCUUUUACUUCUUUCAGAUGUUUUGAACCAAAGUAUCAUCUUCAUUCUUCGACACCGUAUUAAGUGCCUCCUCCUCUGGUUUAUGUGUUUGUGUUCAGUGGUAGCAGAGCUGUGAUCGGUUUAGACAGUCGCAUGGUGCUGUUUUUCUUUCUUAAUCUCUUGACUCAGCUUUUUGUAAAAAGGAAAUUUAUUUUAAGUUACAAGAUUACCCAUCAUUCAUUGUAAUUUAACAGCUCAGCUCAGGCAACUUCACAGACAUCCUGACACAAUGUGGACACAAUUUAAAAAAAAAAGUGAAUUUGACACUCAGUCCUUUCUCUGAGGGUUUCUGCUCUCUGACUGUACACAACUAACUUGCAACGCGGCUCAGUCAGAUCAGUCAAUCGAACGUGGACACGUUUUUUGGGGGUUUUUUUGUUUUUUUUGUUAAAGGGGCAGUUUCACAUUUUUUCAAGCUGUUCUAUAAACAAUGCUCACAAGCCUGUAUGUACAUUGCAGAAGUUACUGAUCACACACUGGCCAUAAAGAGAAACCUGCUUAAAACAUUUUCAAUAUAAGUGAUGGGAGACAACGGUCUUCAUUCUGUGUAGAAACACAUUGUGAAGUUCAGCUGGAGAUAACGUUUGGCUUUAUCAUUCUGUGUCAGGCAAAUCAAGUGGGUAUCUUUCAGAGUUAAUCUUAUCUUUGUGCUCUAACAGUGUUUACUUGUUGAGCUGGGUGAGGAAUUACAAAGAGGGGACUUCAUACUGAAAAAGAAAAUACUCAGUUUGUUUGGCACUGAAAUCACCUUCUUAAUGUACAUAUGGACAUGAGAAUACUUGGAAAAACUGUGAACCUGCCCUUUGAUGUACACUUCAGUGUCCAUUUUGGUGGUGUGGUUUAGCCUCAACUUACAACUGUAUUUGUUAAUUCACUGCAGGUAGCGUUAAGAUAAUAUAGCACUGUAAUGUAUUUAUUUGAUUGUGUAGAAGUGGGGGUUGUACCAGAUCAACCGUCUUUCUCCCCAGCAAAAAUGCCUUAAUGUAAAUAUAUGCACUGUAAAUAACUUGAUUUUGUUUGUUUGUUUGUUUUUCCUCUUUUGUUAUUAUUUUGUAAACAAAAGGGCAAAAAGAGGAAAAAAUGCCCCGCAUCCAAAAACUAUUUGAGCCUUUUUUUUUUCCUUCUCGGAUUUGUUUUCUUGUCAAAGAUAUUUUGAUGCCAUUGUUUUAUAUAUUGUCCUUCCAAACAACUUAUUUUAUAAAUCCUUUUUUUUUUUCUUCCGUGGUAAACGUUCCAAAGACAAAAGUUGUUUUUCUUCAACUGAGUGAAGCCGAUCCUAAUAAAGUCAACUGACACUUUUACAGA